AUGCAAAGUCCUAUUUGUAUUGUUGAAGAAGAAGCACGAAAUUUAUCAAGUCAAGAUGAUGAUAUUCAUUCUCAUCAAUCCUUGAAUGAAAAUUAUCAAGCAGCAAAUAAUACUAAAGAAACAUUAUCUUGUGGUUCACAUUCAAAUGAAUCCCGAUCACAUUCAUCUAUUCUUAUUCCACCAUUUAAUACUUUUGAUAUAGCCAGUAGUACAAAUAACAGUCAUGAUCAUUUAUUAGAUAGUGAUAAAAAUAGUUCAUUUCUAACAGGUUCUUCAUUUGAUGCAUCAUUGAACAGUCUUAAAAGCAUACAUGAAACAUAA